GUGUCAUAGAAAUAGAAUAAUUCAAUAAUUCAUUAAUUAGGUCUAAUGUAAUUGUAUGCAGUAAAACUGGUCUCUCUUUUGAAACUAUUAUUAUUGCUGUCGUUGUUAAAAUAGCCUGGACUGAUCAUUUAGAUGAUGAUGAUAUUAUCAACAUUACCUAAAAAGAAACCUUUGCCAGACUAUAUGUUAGUCUGAAACUUAAUUAUGGAUCGACAUGGCAGAAAGAAUAAUUUAUUAUGAAUUAUUAGCGUCCAUGAAGUCCGUUUUUGUCACUCGUGAACAGGUUGUGAUUUAUUUGUAUUAGUAUUGGCUGGACUGGUUUUUGUAUACAAUUAAAUAGAGGCUAUUUCUGGUCUCACGGCCACUUUUAGACCUCUAUUGGCUACGGUUUUACAACAAACAAAUGGAAUAGCAGUAUGCCGAUUUUGAGUAACAAGACCGUCCUAAUCAAUAUUCAGCAGGCAGAUGCUCAUUAAUCCUGACGGCCCCUCUCUGCAUAGAGGAUCAACUCAAGUGGCGCGCAGAUGCAUCCCAUUGGUGCACCACAGGACCAGGACGCGGCAUGCACACACACACACACGCACCGUCCCUGUCUGACACCAGCAGAGGAGCAUCUGUGUUUCAUUGCAUGCCUUUUAUGAAAGGAAAAUAACCUGCACCGACACGUUCAGGAUGGUUUCUAAACAUGGAUAUUGCUGCAUUGCUGUUAAUCAAGAUUAAUUCACCUUCUUGGUUUCUACUGGGUUUAGUAGUGAUCGCAUGGAUAAAAAGUGUGUCUCCACUGCAAACCAGUCCUGUGUGCCGGUCAAAGCCAUGCCAAAAUGGGGGCUCGUGCCAGGAGGCUCCCUCAGAAUACCUAUGUCAGUGCCCAUCUACUGUGCCCACUCCCCCGAGCCUGAGAUGCCAGGAAGAGCACAAGCCAUGCCUACCUUGGACCUGCCAGGGUAACACCACAUGCCAGCCCAAGUCUGUGGUCUCCCAGGGGCUGUCUUGUCGCUGUGAGGCGGGCACUGCUGGGCACUCGUGCCAGUCCAGGGUCCAGCUCUGUGCCCAGGUAUACUGUGGUGAGGAGGAGGAGGGUACCCAGUGUCGUCUAUUGUCUAGCCCCAGUGCACAGCAGGGUUACAGCUGUGUGUGUCAGCCGGGCUUCACAGGGCCUCAGUGUGAGACCCACAUGGAUCAGUGCACCCCGAACCCCUGCCGCAACCGGGCUAUCUGUCGGAGCCGCGGGGACGGGCCCACUUGCUUCUGCGUGCCAGGCUUCCAGGGGGCGCUGUGUGAGAUUGAGGUGAACGAAUGCAUCUCCCAGCCCUGCCAGAAUGGAGCCACCUGCAUGAACAAGAUUGGCAGGUACCUGUGUCUGUGCAGGCCUGGCUUCACAGGUGCCAGCUGUGAGCUCCAAAUUGAUGAGUGUCAGUCAGAGCCCUGCCUCAAUGGGGGACGUUGCCAUGACUAUGUUGAUGGCUUCUCCUGCAUGUGCACGGCUGGUUUUCAGGGUGACCGGUGCGAAGUGGAUGUUGACGAAUGUAGAGACCAACCAUGCCAACAUGGGGCGCGGUGCAUUGAUGACAUAAAUAGUUUCAGCUGCGACUGCUCUCAGACUGGAUUCACGGGCCCCCUUUGUGAAGUUCCAGUACCACCAUGCUUGUCUGGUCCAUGCCUCAAUGGUGCAGUAUGUGAGGAGAAUGGCAGGGACUACACCUGCAAAUGCUGGCCAGGUUUUGAAGGGCCGCGCUGUGAAGUGAAUGUGAGUGUGUGUGACAGUAACCCAUGCCUGAACGGUGGCCACUGCCUUGAGGUGUUCUGGGAGGCCCUCUACAGCACAGAGCCAGACUUCCCUGAGACUGACAACCCUCCCCACACUGCAGGAUACGUAUGCAGAUGCCCACCUGGACUUCAAGGUGUCCUUUGUCAGGAGGAUGUGAAUGAGUGCGUUGACUCACCUUGUAAGAACGGCGGUGUCUGUGAGAACACCCUGGGCGGCUACACCUGCGCGUGCCCGCAUCAGGCCCCGGAUGGGCUCCACUACGGCGGGAAGAACUGCACAGUGGCACUGGUGGGCUGUGAGGGGCACGAGUGCCAGAACAACGCCACCUGCCUGCCCUUCCUGAGCGAGGGCCGCCACGGCUAUGACUGCCUUUGCCUGGACGGCUUCACGGGCUCGCGCUGCCAGACCUCCACCACCUUCUCCUUUGAGCGCCGCGGCCACCUUCUCCUCCAGACGCCGCUGCUGGACGCCGAGGCGGCCUCCAACAUCACGCUGAGCUUCCGCACCGUGCUGCCUGACGCGGUGCUCUUCCAGCGGGGCAGUGGUGGGCCCCUGCUCAGCCUGGAGGUCCGGGGUGGCCGCCUGCACCUCAGCCUUCACGGGGCCUCCCAGCAGGGGCAGCAAAAUGUGCAGCUCGGAGCCCUGGAGCUGCCACAGAACGUGACAGACGGCCAGUGGCACAGCGUGCAGGCGCUGCUAGGCGAGGGACUCCUGGUGCUGACCCUGCUGGACACGGGCUGUGAGAGUGGGGGCCCCAUGUGCGAGGGCAUGACCCAGGUGGACAGUGGGCCCCUGGGGUCCGCCCUUCAGCACACGCUCAUUGGUGCUGCGUUUGAGGGCUGGCUGGCUGGCCAGAGCUUCAUCGGCUGCCUGGGGGACCUGUUUGUGGACUCGCAGCUGAUGGUACCCGAGGAAUGGCUGAGCAGUUCGGCGGUCAACAUCACGCCAGGCUGCAGCCACCGCAACCGCUGCCAGGAUGGGCCUUGUGAGAACCGGGGGCAGUGUGUGAACCUGUGGCAGGCCUACCAGUGCCGCUGCCAGAGGCCGUACGAGGGGCAAAACUGCUCUGAAGAGUACCUCACUGCCCGCUUUGGGCACGAGGAUGCACAGAGCUAUGCCGUCUUCUCUCUGGAGCAGGACCCCACGGAGCCGGACUCGCUGUCCGUGUCGCUGUUCGUGCGGACGCGGCGUCCCUCGGGCCUCCUGCUGGUCUUGUCCAACGGGACAGGCCAGUACCUCCGUGUGUGGCUCGAGCAGGGCCUGGUCCACGCGCAGACGCACCAGCUGGAGGAGGUGCAGGGGACGAGCGCGCUGGACGACGGCACAGUCCACCUGCUGAGCGUCAGCGUGGAGGGGGGGCAGCUGCGCCUCGCCCAGUCGGGGCGGGCCGAGGGGGCGGUCGCCAUGGAGACGCGCCCCGUGAGGGUACAGGCGGGGGAUGUGGUGCACGUGGGCGGGCUGGAGGAGCCACGGGGCACGGCCACGUUCGGGGGCUACUUCAAGGGGUGUGUGCAGGAUCUGAGGCUGGGGGGGCUGCCUCUGCAGUUCUUCGCGCUGGAGUUGGAUGAUCCGGUCAGCUCGCUGACCCCCCAGAAGAUGAGUCAUGUCAUCCAGGGUUGUGCUGGAGACGACACCUGUGCUAAAACCCCCUGUCUGAAUGGGGGGAUGUGCUACUCUGUGUGGGAUGACUUCUCGUGCACAUGUCCGCCCAACACGGCAGGGCAGCGGUGUGAGGAGGUGAAGUGGUGUGAGCUGUCGCCCUGCCCUCCAGACGCCGUCUGCCGCACCCUCACUCACGGCUAUGAGUGUAUGGCCAACAUGACUUUCCAGGGUAACUCAGCCAUAUUGUACAGAGGCAGUGGGAGGAUUGAGAGCAGUCUGACCAGCAUCGCCUUCAGCUUGCGGACUCGUCAGGGAGACGCCGCCAUCCUGCACGCUGAGCGAGGCCCGGAGUUUGUCACCGUGUGGCUGCAGGACGGGCUUCUGGUGCUGCAGCUGCUGAGCGGCAACGCCUCCUCCUCUUCAUCCUCAUCAUCACCUUCAUUAUCAUCUUUAUCAUCUUCGUCCUCGUCCUCCGUGGCAUCUGGAACCCUUUCCCUGCGCAGCUCCAUCCCGGUGAACGACGGCACCUGGCACAGCGUGGAGUUCUUCAUGGUGGCACCGUGGGCCGACACCUCGCCCUGGACGUUGCUUCUAGACAACCGCGAGGAGCUGUCCUCCACGUCUGACGCCAAGGUGGGCAACCUGGACUUCCUGCGUGACGGCGUGGACGUGCAGCUGGGUGGUCUGGGUCCCGAGGGUGGGGGCUUGAGCCUGGCGGGUUGCCUGAGCACGGUGGAGGUGGGCAGCGUGGCGCUGCCCUUCUACGGGGCCGACGAGGUGACGCUGCCGCGCUUGCAGCACGAACGCUUCGACCUGGUGGGUCUGACGGGGGCGGUGCCCAUGUCUGGCUGCUGGGGUGAGCCCAUGUGCCAGCCCGAGCCGUGCCUGAACGGCGGGAGCUGUCACGACCUAUUUAACGCGUACGGUUGCAACUGCCCCCCCGGCUGGGCCGGCCGCCGCUGUGAGCUCAACGAGGACACCUGCGCCUCGGCGCCCUGCAUCCACGGCAACUGCACCGUCAAGGGGCUGGAGUACAAGUGCACGUGCCAGGUGGGCUACACAGGCACCAACUGCGAGACAGAGAUGGAUGUGUGCGAGGGGAGUGCCUGUGCAAACGGCGCCACCUGCCUGCACGGCAUCAACAAGUACGCCUGCCUGUGUCCCGAGAACUACACGGGGCCCUACUGCGAAGACAAGAUUGCGGAGGUUCCAUGGUACAUAGUCGUCAGGAAAAUACGACCCAAGCUCCCGGUGUCCAUCUGUGGGGAUGAGCUGCGGAACUACACGUGCUUCAACGGGGGCAACUGCUCCGAGCAGGACCUGAGCUGCGACUGCCGGUCAGGAUUCAUCGGACACCGGUGCGAGCAGGAGCUGGACGAGUGCAAGUCCAAUCCGUGCCUGAAUGGCGGCUACUGCCGGAACAUGCUGAACAAGUUCCAGUGCGUGUGCGAGAUGAGCUACGGUGGCGAGCGCUGCCAGAUCGACUUGAGUGAGGAAAGCCUGACUUCUGACCUGCUGCUGUCAGCCAGCCUGGUUGCCGUGGCGCUGCUGGUGGCUCUCUCGGCCUCAGUCACGGCGUUGGUGGUGGCGCUGAGCCGACGGGCAACACGGGGCACUUACAGCCCCAGCCGGCAAGAGAAGGAGGGCCCUCGCGUGGAGCUGUGGAGCAUCGUCCAGCCACCGCCCGCAGAGAGGCUCAUCUGACCAGGACACGCAACAGGGGACUGCGGUCAACAGCCACUUCUGCAGGCCCAGGGUCAGCCAUGGUGGAACAGGGAUUUAGUUGAAGUGAAUGGGUAGGAUUGAAGUGGAUUCGAGUUGAAAUUUCAUUUCAAACGAUCAGUCUAAAAGACACUCAAUACCUUCAAAGUCCCUGAAUGCCAUUUUGGUGUCUUCUGAAUCAUUAUGAAACAUCUCCCCAGUUCUGAGUGCACUGAAGUAAUUGAUUGAAAUGAUUAGAUUGAAGUGAAGGGUUCCAAAUCCUUCUGAAAUCAAGUGAGGGUGGUAUACCCACACUCAGACAAGCAUAAAUGUGUUUGACAGACCUCUCAGUGAAGCUUAUCUAUGGCUGUCUCUACACUAUUUAGGGAUUCUCACACAGGCCAACUUUUGGCUGAUCAGUUCAGACCACAAGGUUUAAGUACUGAACCAGCAUCCAAGGCAGCUGUAGUGACAGAUGAAAAGUAGAUGAUCACUGACAAUAAGGUGGAUUUGUAGAUUUUUUUGUAGUGUUUCAGUGUUUUAGUAAAUAGUUGUUGUUGGUGCAUCUUUGUCUGUAUAUAAUGAACUGUUGUGAAACUCCCUUUUGGGUAAUGUACUGUGAAAUACUUCUACUAUCUUUCAACCUGCCUUAUCAAUCAAGAAAUAACAAUAUCACACCAACACAGGACACUAUGACCUAAAAUGACUCUCAUUGUCUCAGUUCAGGAGACACAAAAGGGACCAACAAUUUUCAUCGGAGUGCAAUUGUUUUGCUAAAUUUGUAUCUGAUAUUUGCUCUCUUGCCUUAAGCCAACUUGCAUAAUGCCCCCUUCCCAAAUAAAGGCAAACGCAACUUUACAGGCUUACAAUUCUUAAAGUUAUAAUCUAACCUUGGUAUUUAAGUAAUUCAUGCCUAUAUAAAUUCAGCUGUUGUGGUUUAGUUACAUGGUGUUGUAGGUGGCCUAGCCACAUUUCCCCCCGCCUGUAUGUAUGUUUGCCUGGCUUUAGCUCAAAAUCAGCUAACCUUUUUCUCCUUUGCCAGUCCUGUUGUUGUUCAUUCAUGAGCCCAAAAAUGUAAAAUGGUAAUGAUUCAUUGCAGGUCUCCUAGUUCUUAAGACUGGAUUACUUCAUCAUGAGUG